CUUAUUUCACACAUAUAUUUUUACAGCAAUUGUAGUAUUCAAUAUUAUUAAUUAUAUUAUUUGGUAAACGCACAAUAAUCGAUUACGAUUUGUAGACUACUUUUAGAAUGUAAAUUAUAUAGCUCUUUAGAUCUUACACCAAGUACCUACGUCAAAAUAUCUCUUGAAAUAAAUAACUACCAGCUAAACGAAAGUGUCCAAAUCAGCUUCACUAUGAAGAAGGUAGGAGAGGAUACCAUUUCUAUGUCUCGCAAGCGGGGAAUGUCUAUGGCCCCUACCAGCGGUGGACGUCAUGGUGACCAAUGGCAAUCCUUGAUGAGAAAAUUCUCUCAAGCUAACAAAGAGAAGUGCAAGGCAGUACCGACAGACAUGCCCAAAAUUGUUCGUGGCAAGAAGAUCUUUCCAACAGAAUCCACUUACGAAGGAUCCUGGAAUAUACUUGGGAUGAGCGGAGAUGGAAUUUAUUGUUUUCCUUAUCCCGGUGUAAAAUACGAAGGAGAGUUUGACGACGGUAUGUUCCAUGGCCACGGAGAACUAAAAUACGCCAACGGAGUAACCGUUAAAGGAAAUUGGAAAAAAGGUCAGGUGACCGAUAGAAAAAUAAUCUUUGGAGACGGUCUUGAGUACAGCGAACAUAAUUGGGGUUACUGCAAGUCACCUGACAGAAGGUAUACACUAGAAUACGACCAUGGGUUGAAACCCGGUGGGGACACAUACGUUGCCAACGAACAACAAUCGCCUGAGAUACCCCCAGGGUACUAUGAUGUCGGUGACGGAUUCUACGAGCCCAUCACGAGAACAGUAUACAAAUAUAACGACCUCACUGGUAUUGUUAGGUCGCCGGAUCUUCGUGAACAGAAAUGGAUAUUAGAAAACUGUCGCACGAACCCGAGUCGUUCAGUGGGCCCGGUGCCGAAUCUUUUCGAACAUUGGUUGCAGCCUGAUCUGGAGUUAGAGGUGCCACCGCCGCCAGCUGACCAUCACAAGGUUCUUACUGACGAGCACCAAACUGACUCGCGUUCCAACGAAGAUGCCGAACGGAGCAAUAUUUGGAAUCUUUAUUUGCACCGACCAAGUAUUCGAAUGAUUUCUUACCUUGCCAAAGCCGAAGGGAAAUGGAAAACAUCAAGAAGUUUUGUCAUUGGAGAUAUUUUUCUUGACUACUAAUUCUGAAAAGCAUAUAUUUUCAGACUACUACUUACUAUUUAAUAUUUUAUCUACCUACUGCAGUAUGUUACACUACGAAGGUGUAAGGAUGUAACUAACCAUAAGAUCUCAAUAACCUCGUUGAAGUUGUCACGGGCCUUUUGCGAUAUUUUCCUCCCAUAUAUCGUGACGUAAUAAAGUAGACUUAUAGGGGAAAACGGGGUAGUUCGAUAUAAAGCUAUGUCCACCACAGUGUGCUGUCACGUUCGUUAUGCGUGUUCAAGUUUCAAUUCGUCUCGCAUCAAGUGUAUACAAUAUUAAUUGCCAUAAUACCAGUGCGCAUCAUUCAGUUGUACCAUAUCAUCAGAUUGGUACAUAUCUCGUCUUCCGAACCCCAUUAUUUUUUGUCACAACUUUUUGAUGCUCUUUUGGGAAGCAUGACCUCGAGCUCUUAGUCUUGUUUUUAACCGUUUUCACAAAUUGUGUUUACGACCCGAAGAAAUCACCGCGUCAUCGUUUCUGUUUGUUUUAUUUGUGUAAUCUAUGUGCUUCUGUUUCCACAGUAAUUGAUAAGUUCGAAAAUCUUCUAUAAAUUCCCAUGAUUUAACUUUAUCUUGCGUCAUUUUGACUGGUAAGACGGACCGUUGCACGCGAACCCAUCGGUAUCGGCGUGCGCAAGGGGCAUGCGCUACUACAUACGCUAUGGCACUCCACGCAUGCAUCAGAGGAAGGCGCAAUAGGAAAUUUAACGUUUCGUCCACCAGGAUCUCCUAGCCCAAUCCCCCAGGAGAACCUUGUGAACUCAGUAGUUCAUCGGAUUCCCCCAAACGCGGACACAUAACGUUAAGCCCCAUUCGCACUAUGGUACCUUAAAACAACAUAAGCUUACUGAAAGCGCAAUGGUAUGGGGUACAUUCGUACACUCACAUUAUCUCUAUAGCUUCAAACAUAAUUAUUUGGAGUAACAUUGAAACUUAGUUGUAAACAUACGAUGGCGCAGCUCGCCGUUGUCGCUCGACAGAACACAAUGUAUCCUCACAACCGCUGACUAAAAAUAUACGCGAUACAAAUAUGAGUUUCGGUUUUAAAAAGUAAGAUCUUGUUCAGAAGGAGCGAAUUCAUACGCGUCUCGAAAAUGUACUCGACGCUUAUACAUCGCAUCCACAAGCAUCACGCGAGUUUAAAAUUCGCGAGUAAAUCACGUGCGAUACGCCAGACCCACGCGCCAGAGAGUCCUAAUACUAGAAACUUCUUGGUUACUUUUAAUUUACGCACGAACUUUAAAGCGAGUGCACGCAUGUAAAAUGUACAUAUAAAGAUGAAAUAGAAAACAACCAGCAAUAUGAGUUAUGAAAUCUUUUGAGUACGCCAAUAGAAUUUAAUUUUAGAAAGAUACAAAUAUACUAUUAUCAUUCUAUCGUAAAGAAUCGCAUGUACUAGGUACAUUCUGCUUUCCCUUCGUUUUCGUCUCUUCUAAUGACGGUAAACUAGCCACAACUCCAGCUGCGGCGUCACAACUCCAUGUUGAGUGAAUCCGUCCUGAAAACGCUCGCGCGUCGAACGCUUGUUCUGGACGCAACAAACGUGCGUGUACGGGCGAGAUAAUGCGCGGCGAAUUCGCUUCUUCUGGACAAAGCCUAAGGGUGCUGGUAAAAUGACAGGCACAUGGGACUGGUCAACUUAUGUCUCAAGGUGACGAGCGCAAUGGCAAUGCACUUUAGAUCUUUGUGAUUUAAAGCCCUGAGUGGUACUGCAA